UUCUCCAAAUGGAACACAUAAGUAAAAGAAAAACUAAAAUUUGGAAAAUUGAGAGCACACUUUCCCCCUUCUACUCUCCUUCUUUUCAAUCUGUUUAAAGCGGCAGAAUUUCCAUCGAAUUCCGAACAUGGAACCAAUUCGUAACUCCAAACUGAAAAUAGAUCCAUAAAAACAUUCAAAACUAAUUAUGGAAGCUCCUCAGAGUUUAAUCGGCAAAUUAUACACUUCUUAUUCCGACGGUAUACAUUUUGCUAAGCCAAUUUCCUCCUUCAGAACUAACGAAGUUGAUUUAGUGCGAAAUGUGCUGCAAAUAUUACAAGGUUUUACGAGUACGCUGUUGUAUUGGGAUGAAUUAGGGCAGCGUUUUUGUGUGCGGAGUGGAAUAUACGUUAGCCAUCUUUCACAUACCAGUCUUUAUCAUGUACUUUAUCAAUUCACUUAUGCAGCAACUUGCUUGAAAAUGGUUGAGAUUAGAAUUCAUAAGGUUGAGAAAUCUGUGCCUUCACCACCACCCACUUUGAGGGCAUUUUGUUGUUCUAUCUCCACUUGGCUAACAUGGUUACGGGAAGGCGUGUUGAAAGAGGAGAUGAAGGUGGUCAACUCCUCUAGUUUAACUACUCCAACCCUCUUGGGAUUGUCAAGUUCUUUAUCAAGGUUGGUACAUUGUAUCCGAAUAAAUUACCUUGUGAAAUGAAAAUAUAGCAUGGUGUAGUUCAUUGACAGAGAAGUGAUGCUGGUGUCAUUAAGCAUAAUAAAAAAGAAAAAAAGUGGGGGAAAAGUCCCUCCACCUCUAACCAUUAGUUGAAGCUCGAGUCACCAAAGGUGGGAGGGGGAUGGGAAGUGGAAGAACCACUAUUGCCUUUGCAGAGAGGGGAGGGGGCAUAUGGGGGCGAGAUUUAAAAAAAAAAGAAAAAAGAAAAGAAGCUAUUAAAUCAAGGAAAAAGAAAUGGAAAGAAGAUGUGAAGAAUGAAGAUUAUGUAGGGUAGUCAUCGUAGAAGUAAAUGGAAUAUGAGCCAGGGAUGAAGAGCUAAAACAGUGGUUACUAAGUGAAGAUAAGAGGAUAUUUAGUUGGGUUUGUUAUGAUAGAGGUCUAGUAUAGUUAUGAUAAGCUAAAAAUCUGAUAAACCAAAAGGGUGGCAAGAGAAAAUCUUUCCCUCUCUGGGAAAUUACAAUUAAUUGGAGUUGAAGAGAGUAAACGAAAUCCUGGCAUCUUAUUGCAGAUGAGAGAAGAACUUCCUAAGAUUGGUAAAUCACAAAGUGUUUGAUUGGGAGAGCUAUAUGUGAGAACUUAUUUUCUUUGACUUCUAUACAUGUCAAAAUUCUAAAUUCCUCUAUGCUGGAUGUUUGGCCUGGGCUUUGGUGCACACUUUCAUACAUAUAACUAAGGGAAUUGCUUAUUGCCUUUUCUCGCGGUUUCAAUAUGUAAUUUUCUUGAUUGUAAUAUGUGCAUCUCAUGUUUUGUUUUGCUUCUUUUACUAUUUGUUUGUGGAUAGUGGAUAUAUCAUAUCUUAACAGAAAUUCGUAAAUUUCUGAGAAAUCAUUCCAGGAUUUACUUCUUCCAACACGAACUGU